GAGGCUGCGGCGCCUGUGGCCUCCGCUCCGCCCCCCCCUCCGCCUACACUACUGUCGCCGCGGCCGCGGAGGCCCGGAGGGAGGGAGGGAGUCGAGUCCCCGCUCGCCGCGCCGCCAGUCCGACCCUCGGUUCCGCCGCGUGAGCAACCGGCCGAGUGGAGCUCCGCGCAGCCGCCUGAGCUGCGGCCUCCCCCUCUGCAGGUGCCUGUGAGGAGGCGCCGUAGCCGCAGCCGCGAUCCGCGCCCGCUGGCGGAGCCCUAGCUCCUCGCGCUCCUGAAGUACUGCCCGGCCCGUGGAGGCCGCCGCGGGGCCCGGCGCUCAGCAUGAACCGCAGCCACCGGCACGGGGCGGGGAGCGGCUGCCUGGGCACCAUGGAGGUGAAGAGCAAGUUUGGAGCUGAAUUUCGUCGAUUUUCACUGGAGAGAUCAAAACCUGGGAAAUUUGAGGAAUUUUAUGGAUUACUGCAACACGUUCAUAAGAUACCCAAUGUUGAUGUUUUAGUAGGCUACGCAGACAUCCAUGGAGACUUACUGCCUAUAAAUAAUGAUGAUAAUUACCACAAAGCUGUGUCAACAGCCAACCCACUGCUUAGGAUCUUUAUACAAAAGAAGGAAGAAGCGGACUAUAGUGCCUUUGGUACAGACACACUAAUAAAGAAGAAGAACGUUUUAACCAAUGUGUUGCGUCCUGACAACCACAGAAAGAAGCCACACAUCGUCAUUAGUAUGCCCCAAGACUUUAGACCUGUGUCUUCUAUCAUAGAUGUGGAUAUUCUCCCAGAAACACAUCGCAGGGUUCGUCUUUACAAAUAUGGCAUGGAGAAACCCCUGGGAUUCUACAUCCGAGAUGGCUCCAGUGUCAGGGUGACACCACAUGGCUUAGAGAAGGUCCCAGGGAUCUUUAUAUCCAGGCUUGUCCCAGGAGGUCUGGCUCAAAGCACAGGACUAUUAGCUGUUAAUGAUGAAGUUUUAGAAGUUAAUGGCAUAGAAGUUUCGGGGAAGAGUCUUGAUCAAGUAACCGACAUGAUGAUUGCGAACAGCCGCAACCUCAUCAUAACAGUGAGACCAGCAAACCAGAGGAAUAAUGUUGUCAGGAACAGUCGGACUUCCGGCAGCUCUGGCCAGUCUACUGAUAAUAGCCUUCUUGGCUAUCCACAGCAGAUGGAACCAAGCUUUGAGCCAGAGGAUGAAGACAGUGAUGAAGAUGACAUUAUUAUUGAGGACAGUGGUGUGCCACAACAGAUUCCAAAAGCUGUUCCCAAUACUGAGAGCCUGGAAUCAUUAACGCAAAUAGAGCUCAGUUUUGAGUCUGGACAGAAUGGUUUUAUUCCCUCUAAUGAAGUGAGCUUAGCACCUGUAGCAAGUGGCACAAACACAGAAUUUGAAACACAUGCUCCAGAUCAGAAACUCUUAGAAGAAGAUGGGACAAUCAUAACAUUGUGAAACCCUGUGUGCAUGUUUUCUGAGGGAGGACGCCGUGGGGACUUGUGCAUUUGGCUAGUUCAAAGAGCAUAUACCUCUGACCAGUUAUGUGGAAUGGGCAUGAGAAAAUAUUGCAAGCUUAGAAUAUUAUUAAAAUAAUAGUUUGAUAAUUGUUAAUAUAAAUUUUGGUGGAUCAGAGGUGAAUUUAAGUCUAAAACAAAGGGGCCUUUGCUAAUGAAUUAUGUGCUUUGGUUAUUUUGUCUGUGGAGAACUGGAUGUUGAAGCACAUUCUCAGAACUGUGGGAGAGGACUGGAUCAUUUCUGCUUGAAUUGGUUGCAUAUUAAACCUGCUGUGCAGAGCCCACUUAGUUUUUCCUUUAUAUUUUAAAAAUUCUAAUGUGAAGAAGUCUGAUCCUAUCUCUCGGUACGUUGGGGCCUCAGCUAUUACGUUUCCAGUGUCUUAUUUUUUUCAAUGUUGUUCCUUCAUUACUAAUUGUAACAAAUUGUUUUGUAAAUGCAUUUUUUUUUUUUUUUUAGAGACAGAGUCUCACUUUGUCCCCCUCAGUAGAGUGCUGUGGCAUCACAGCUCACAGCAACCUCCAACUCCUGGGCUUACGUGAUUCUCUUGCCUCAGCUUCCCGAGUAGCUGGGACUACAGGCGUCCACAAUGCCUGGCUAUUUUUUGUUGCAGUUUGGCCGAGGCUGGGUUCGAACCCACCACUCUCAGUAUAUGGGGCCAGCACCCCACUUACUGAGCCACAGGUGCCGCCUAAUGCAUUUUUUUUCUAAUUUCUAAGAAAUCAAAUGACUUGGCUGUUUUCAGGAGUUGCUUGUCAUGUGAAGCAUCAAAGCUGUGCUCCUGAGUGACGACACUCUGUAGCAGUUGUGCAAGUUGGUGUUUGUCCAUCCUGUUGUUUUCAUAUUUACAAACUAAUUCCGUGUGGGUAUGAUUUAUGUUUUAAUGGCGAUUCCGGUGACUCUGGAAAUAAUGGGAGACUCUGCUCUAACCUCUUUCUUCUUUCCUCAUUCCCAGUCUCACUGGAAAUCAUUCUGUUUGUUGUUAGUGUCUUUUGUUGGUUUCCUUUUAUACUCUUAAUGUAUUCAGUUUCAAAUCAUUUUGGAUGAAAAAUGCACCGAAAUUAAGAGAUUUUUACACACAGGACAAACUUGUGCACUUUUUAUACAAAAAAGUUGGGUUUUCCUUUGACAGGAUUUAUAGAAACACUGCCUACACUUUAUGAAAAAUAUGUAGUAUUCUCCUAUGACAGGUAAGAUUUUUCACUAUUAAUUUUAUGAGGCUAUUUAUUACUUCCUAAUAGUGCAUCCACUUAGAACAUGUCAAGAGUGAGGCUGCUAACAAUCAUUCCUCGCCUGAUUUCACUGUACAAUGUGCACAAGCAAAUGGUAUGCUUGUAUAUAGAAACUAAGAAUAUUACGAAGUACAUAAGUUCCCUGUGGCUUAUGAAGAGUUAUUUAUUAAUUAAUUUUAUGGUAGGGCUAGUAUGAAUACCUUUUUAACAACUGUGUGCUAUUAAAACAAUGAAGAUUCAAAUGACUCCGUUUUGAAGGAUGUUUUCUCUGUAUGGUAAAAUAUAUGAAGAAGUCUUAAUUAAAUGAAGAUCACUUAACUCAGAAUACUUCAAUGCAUUUUGUUCACAUUACCAUUAUGCAUAUUAUCAGUGAACUAUUAGCUGUACAUUAUAUAAUACAAUGUACUUUCUGUUGAAUUCAUUCUUCCAUUUAUAUACCACUUUCUUUUGAAUGGCAUUCCGCUUUAACAUUCUGUGGGUCUUAUAAGUUUGACUCUUGAAUGGCAAAAUAAUGUUAGUCUGUAGAAGGUUAAAUUUCAUUUAUACUAUAAGUGGUGCAGGGGUUCAACAUUGUAAGUAAAAAUAUUUUUACACACUACCUCUCUUUUUUUUAAACAAAGUUUUAACAUCAGAACUUUUCUCUUGGGGGAAAAAUACUUCAGGGCUUGACUUUUUGUACAAAUUUUAACUGUAAAAUACAGAUUUAUCUUGUAUGCGUUUAUGAAAAUGGAAAUCCAAGCUGCUAGUGCUUUUUGUUUUAAUUAUCCCGCUAAGGGUAUAUGUCAAUGGUGUUUCCAACUAGAUUUCUGUCAUUUAAAUUAUUGGUGAAAUAAUUGAUUACUGGACGUAUUGUAAAACCAGUAUGGAUUAUACAAUAAAAUAUUAACUCAUUAAUAGAAUCAAUUAUUUCAAGUGUACCAUAUUAACAAAAAUCAGUGGGUCCAGUGUAAAAUUUUAUAGUACUAAAUGUCAAGCCUAACUGUGAAUUUUGUUCUGUAUCUUAAGUAAAUUUAAGGUAAUGUCCUUGAGCUAUCAACAAAAUAUAUGUACUUUUGUGAACUAUGAAUUUUCUAAUUAAAUUUUACAUGCUAUAACAUGAUUUUUACAUGAAUGAUACUUUGUUUAAACUAUCAAAUGUCAGUAUUUUACUACAAUUUUAUUAUAAAAUGUACAUUAUCACUAAAUGAAUUUUGAUUUUAAAAAUCAAAUUAGCUUUAGUUGUAUAUUAUUUUUUACAAAUAAAGAUAGACUUGUAUAAAGGCUA